UGUCUGUUGACUUCAUAAUAGUUCAUAUAUAUUUUGUUUCUAAAAGAAUUUAAUGUACCUCAACAGCUAAACCAUUAGCUAACAAUAUAUUAAUAUGAAUCCUAAUCAAGCAGCAGGUUCUGUGCCACAUGUAGGAGGUCCUCCUCAAUUUCUUAACCCUGUCACCAAAGUUCAGCUCAGUGUUUCUGCCAAGAAGCUGCGAGAUGCUGAUCUUACUAGCAAGAGUGACCCGGUAUGUGUGCUGUAUUGGAAGGACAUCCACAAAAACUCUCUGCAUGAACUUGCAAGAACCGAAAAAAUUAUUGACAGCCUGGAACCUUGUUGGGUCCAAAAGUUUGAUGUUGAUUACAGAUUUGAAGAAAGACAGGUUCUCCAGUUCCAUAUCUUUGAUUGGGAUAACAGCAAGCAUGAGACUUCCACGCAAGACAAGUUGGGCUGGACAGAAUGCACACUUGCAGAAAUCAUGGCCAGCGGUGGAGAACCUCUCACCCGAACACUCAAUGAUGGCAAGGGUGGCAUCAUUGUUGUGGUUGGGGAGGAGGUGGUUGAGUCUAAGGAAGUUGUAACUCUGAGUUUUGCUGGCAGUGGACUGGACAAGAAAGACAUGUUUGGGAAGAGUGACCCCUACCUUGUAGUGAGCAAGUCUGUGGGUAGCAACAACCAAUAUACCGUUGUCCACCGCACUGAAUAUAUCAAGAAAACCCUCGAUCCAGUCUGGAAACCUUUUGUUAUCAGAUCUUCACUGUUGUGUGGUGGUGACGACCAGCGCCCACUCAAGAUAGAAUGCUUUGAUUACGACAAGGACAGUGAACAUGACUUCAUUGGCGAGUGUUUCACCACAUUGGCCAAGCUCAAACAAGGCAAUGUGAGCAGCAACCACUACGACCUCAUAAACCCUAAGAAGAAGGCAAAGAAGAGCAGCUACAAGAACUCAGGGAAGCUGAUGGUGCAGCUUUGCACGGUGCACGAGGAGCCCACAUUCCUGGACCACAUCAGGGGCGGCCUGCAGCUCCACUUCACCGUCGCUGUGGACUUCACGGCCUCCAACGGCCACCCGGCGCAGCCUAACUCGCUUCAUUUCUGGGACCCCAGAGUCGAGAACCAGUAUGCCACUGCCAUACGCUCCGUCGGCGAGAUCAUCCAGGACUACGACUCUGACAAGCAGUUCCAAGCUCUUGGUUUCGGAGGUCGCGUGCCUCCAGACUUCAAAGUGUCUCACGAGUUCUUCCUGAACGGCCGCGUGGAUUCCCCGUACUGUGCGGGCGUGCAAGGCAUCCUUGAAGCCUACCGCCACUCCCUGGCCACCGUGGGCCUCUACGGACCCACCAACUUCGCCCCCGUCAUCAAACACGUCGCCAACUUUGCUCGUAGUCUCCUCGAUGGCAAGAACUACUUCGUGCUGCUCAUCAUUACUGAUGGCUGCAUCACAGAUCUGCCAGCAACUCGUGAGGCGCUGGUAAUGGCGUCCGCGCUGCCGAUGUCUGUGAUUAUUGUUGGCGUCGGCAAUGAAGACUUCUCGGCCAUGGAGCAGCUGGAUGGAGACGACCGCCGCCUCAGCCACAACGGCCAGUACGCCGUCAGGGACAUCGUCCAGUUUGUUGAGUUGAGGCGCUUUCUGUCAGGGCCAGCAGGUGGAGGGCCGGCGUCCAGCGAGGUGCGCGCUGCCAUGGCCGCUGCCGUGCUGCACGAACUGCCUGCUCAGCUCUGCGACUACCUGCGCCAGCGCAACCCUCCACACGCCGAGCAGUCUUCAUAACUUCACUGUCUUUCCUGGAUAAUUUCUUUAUCUUUUGGGAUAGCUCCUUUAUUAUCUUUAUGGUGACUUCAUUAGCUCUGCCACUACCAGCGCCUCGCUUAUCCUCCUAACGUCAUUAUCUUUGUGGAUAACUUCUGCUUCGUUAAGAAUGUCGCUGUAAAGUUCAAUAACAAAUUUAUUCCUAUUAAAAUUACAUUGAAAUUUCUUUUAGGUUUUGUUAUCGUUCAUAAUCAUAAUCUGUUUCCUGUUGAUUAUAGAAUGGUUUUCACUUCAUAUAAUGUGACCUCCAUCAUCAGUAUUCUAAGGCAUUUAAGUAUAGCAGAGCACGUUCCCUGUGUUCAUAUAUUGCAUAAUUUCGUUUAAGCAAAUUUUGUUGCAUUCACGUAUCAGCUGUCUUAUAUUCCAGACUUUUCCGUCAUUCCAACCAUCAAGCAAUAUUGAGUUAUACUCAACGCUCCUUUCUCAUUCACCUUAGCACCUUUCUUAUUAUUUCAUGAAUCAAUUUGAAUUAUUUCAAUGAAUCAAGUCUAUUAUUUUUUACUAUAAUUAUUUGUAAUGUUAUGUGUUGUUUUAACACUCAAACGUGUUACACCAUAGUUAAGAGCAAACUUGUUGCUUGUUCCGUCUUUUGAAUGUCAACGAAUUAACAAUAUAACGUUGGGGAAAUGUCAUCGUGAUUAUUAGUAGUGAAUUAGACGUGUUGAUGUUAUAUAAUAACUACAUUAAUACAUUUAAAUAGAACCGUGUAUGUUGACAAUUUGUUAUAAAAAUCCUGGACAAAUGUAAGUUUAUGAACUAUUUUCAUAUGAAAUUUAAAGAAUAAACCUAAUGGAAACUGUCUCUCGUUGUGGUGUCAGGGAGCAGAUAGGGCAACCGUCAAUGACAUGAGUAGGUUCUGUGAGUAGGAUAUUAUAUCAAGGAUACACUCAAGGAGAUGAGGGAGACUUUGUCCAAAUAGCGAUGCACCUUGUGCCCUUGUGUGGGCCAUCCGAGUAUAGUUUGUCCUGGCAUGAAGACGCAUCGGUGCUACGUGCAGAGUGUGUCACUAUUUAGACAAUACCACCCAUUUAUUUGUUUGAGUAUAAGAGCUGAGGUUGCUGCUGAAAUUUUUGCCAGGUAUACGUGCAAUGUUCAUCAACGCUGUUAUAAUUAUGAUUUAUUCUUAUUUAAGUGCAAAACGUUGAUUAUUUUGUGGUGUUAGGGUAACGCUUACUGUGUUUGUAGCGCGCAUCAAUAAACUUGGUUACAAAUAACAUAUUCAAAUUUAGAGCUUCUUGCCGUCUGUUGCGUGGAUUUCUUCAAAGUCACUCUUCUAACUUUUUCAUGAAUGAGUCGCUACGUAAGUGAUUCAUUAUUUAGUGAGUGAAUUCACUACCUAUUAAUACGCCAAUGUAUUUCCGUCGAGUGCUGCAGAAGUUCGUGAAUUUCGUUGGUUCAAUUUUACUGUGGUUCGAAAUGAUUCUAAUUGUUACUUUGUUUGAUAUUAAGAAAUAUUCUCGCUGUUCUACACUUAAUAUUAUUGAGCCAGCUAGGAUCCUCUAUUGCUUUAUUCAUCGGAUUUAGAGGAAACGCGAGUUGUUUCUCUAAUAUCACAAAAGUCCUGCUGAAGUCCAACUGAAUUCGUGACAGUCCUGCAAAAUUACGUUGUUAUUCGACCAACUGGAAGCUUGAUCGCGGUUCAAAUACUCUUGCUUUUAUGCCUGUGCCUUUCAUUCUCUCCAGCAUUGUUGUUCGCUUGCAAUAAUUAUGACUUGUGGAUACUCAUCGUCGCCUUCCUCAAAAAUACGCAUUUUCCUAGAAUAUUAGUAAAAAAUUAAAGUUAUUGCGAAAACCUGCAAUUUCCUGCUCGCUUUGAUGCCAUCAAAAGCCUGGCUGUCCAGCACGACUCAAACGGUACUCGAGGCCAGGGACCAUGACCCGUAACUGUGCCAUUACAUUGCCAUUUCAUCCAUUCUGUUUACCGGAAUAAAUUAGCUGCGCGCGUCAUAAUCAUUUCCAGCAAAUCACUUGGAAUUUGAGUCGAGCUGAACCUAUGAAUAAGGACACGCUGUUGUGUUCGCAUCGUAUGUCAAGUAUUCAGGUAUUUGAUAUCGACUUUAUCGGUGGGAGAAGAUACAGGGGAAAGCCGUGUGUUCGUCUGUUCUAAUGGGAUUAAUUUUAAUGAUGAGAACUUAUUACCAUUAAUGUGCAAACCUGAAAAUUAUAGUAAUUUCUACGUAUCUUGGUGGAACGAAGUUGCCUUCAUAACUCCCUUUUAGUGAGCUGAAUAUUUGUAGUCAAUAUUUAAGUUGUGUCGUAGACAGCAAAAAUGCGUGCAUUCUCAUCACCCCACUUCCAUUGAUCAAGGUAUUAUUCAUUAGUUGUACUUAUUCUGAUAUUAUUCCAACAGAAAAUACCCGGUCUCAUUUUAGGCAUCAGCAUUCCUCUUGAUGGUGAGCGCCGUGCUCCGCAUAAACGUAUUAAUUUGUGGUUGUCUGCCGAUUUUCUCCAGUAUUUUUAGUGACGCCUUAUGAGAUAUUUGUUUUUCGUAUAGAAUUCUAAUUUACAAAAGCAUGUUUUGAAUGAGCUGGUUGAGAUUAUUACUGUCCCUUUUGUGAUGGAUAUGUUGAUGGUUCAGGUACACUCGAUUUGAAUAGUUAUUUCUUUAAAUUACCUUUUUGAGUUUUUGUUCAUGUAUUAUGCUUUGCUAGAAUGAAGUCUGUAGAGUAUUAAAUUUGUUUACUUGUGCUGUUUUCUGUGUAUUGCGUCUAUAUAUAAAUGCAUGAAAAAUUGCUUUUUGGUAACACGGCCUAGCAAACUUAAUGCUUAGCAUCAAGAGCUCGACUUACUCGCUCUUGUGUAAAGAAUUAUAUAUAUGAUAGCACUGAAGAAAGUGCCUGAUACCUCGCUGGAAGUACAUAAGAAACAAUUCAAAUCAACCGUUGUUUAGGUAGUAGGCAAAUGACACUCGAAUUUUUAUAUCUCGUUGUAAAAAUUUCUAGUUAUUUAUAAGAAUAUAUACAUUCAAGAAUCACGAGCUCUGGUGUAUUUUCCAUAUUUAAUCUCGUCUUCAAGUAAAUAUACGUGCUAUGGUGGUA